CCCGCUUUAGCUGCAAGGCGCGGAAGUGCGGAAUGCGAUGUUUCCGAUGAUUGAUGCAAAUAAUGGAAACGUGCCCGCUGUCUUCAAAAAAGCAAUCUGAUCGCUCCCAGUUUAUUGUGCUGACAACGCCCAAAGUCGCGUACCCUACUCAGAUAUCAUGACCAACUCACAAAAACGUAUCGGCCUCAUUGGCUUGUCCGCUAAAGGAUCUUGGGCAUCGCGCUCCCAUCUUCCCUACCUCCAACGCACUCCGCACUAUACGAUCACCGCUCUCCAAAACAGCUCACUCGCUUCAGCGCAAGCAUCCGCCAAACAGUACUCUCUGGACUCUGCAUCCACCCACGAUUCUCCCAGCUCGGUCGCCCAAGAUCCCAACGUAGACAUCAUUGCUGUCAGCGUGAAUGUACCCGAGCACUAUGCUCUCAUCCGUCCGGCUCUCGAAGCAGGGAAGGAUGUUUUCUGUGAAUGGCCUCUAGCCCGCAAUGCGGAGGAAGCAGAGGAAUUGACAGCUUUGGCCAAAGAGAAGGGCAUAAGGACUAUGGUGGGCUUGCAAGCACGCCAGAACCCAUCGAUCUUGAAAGCGAAAGAGAUUGUUGAGUCGGGGAAGCUGGGAAAGAUUUUGGGGACGACAAUGUUCGGUCAUGGCAUGAUAUUUGGCGGCAUAACUAUGCCCUCGUACUCGUACAUGCAUCCCAUUGAAAACGGCGCGAACCUUCUCACUAUCCCCUUCGGCCACGCCGUAGACGCUCUCUGCUACGUCUUCUCGAGCGAACUACAAUCUAUCUCCGCUGUGCUGUCAAACAGAUACCCAGAGCUCCAGCUCGUAGACGAGAACUACCAACCCCUCGGAGAAACGAAGACCAAAACCUCUCACGACUUCGUCUCCAUAACCGCAGAGCUCAUCAACGGCGGAGGUAACGUUGAUGUGACAUAUGCGCCAGGUUUAUCACGUAGCGGACGAGACUUCUACUGGGAGAUCAUCGGAUCCGAGGGUACGCUUGUACUUGAAGGACCGAAAAUGGGUGGACAUGUGCAGAUGUUCCAGCCUACCAUCAAGAUCGCGCUGGGCCAAGAGGAGUUGAAGGAAGUUGAAGUAGAGAAGGCUGAGGACUUUUCGUUCAAUGUGGGUAGGGCUUGGGAUGCAUGGGCUGGAGAGGGCAAGGGCAGUGUUACGACUUGGGAGGAUGCUGUUGUUAGACAUAAGAUGAUUGAGGCGAUCUAUCGGAGUGCCGAGAAGGGGACGAGGGAGGACUAUGUGUAAGCGGCCAGACAAGAGACACAUUGAUAGGCAUGUGGAAGAGAAGACCGGAAUAAGAAGUUGAUAAAGUCGGGAUGAACAGAUGGAGUUUAGCGUGGAAAUCUUCGGCUACACCCCGGCUCAACGCCUUCGUCGCAUCUUCUCCAUCAUCGCCAUCUCACCAUCACCAAUUCCUUCGCACCCAUG